UCACCAGCUGAGGCUCGUCCGCCAAGACCUGGGUGCCAGGCGGGAGCAGUGGGCCUCUUUCUGCUCCGCGCUGAUGGCGGCUCGCCGGCUGCUGAAGCGCCAGGCGGCCUCCGGGCCCGCGAAGUCCUCCCAGGCGGGGCCGAACCCGGAAGGGGAAGUCCCCCAGCUGGAAGCUGCGCUGGGCCGCCUGUCCCAGGCUGUGCUGCAGGAGGGCCACCGCCUGAAGGCCUGGGGCGUCCUGGGUACCGGCACUGGGGCCGAGCUGCUGCGGCCAGCAGGCCCUCAAGGGGACGCCCAGGACAUCAGAGUGAAUUCUGUCACCGGGUUGAUGGUCCCCGGCCCCAACUGUGCAAUGCUUCCAGCCAGUGGCCAUGCGGGGUCCAUACCCCCUGGCUACUUCAUCCACCCUGACACUGGGAAGGUGCUGCCUGAGGCUGGAAACCUGGGGUAUGAUCUGCAGGGAGCUACCUUGGUGCCCACCACUGACUUCAGUUCCGGUGGCGUCCGAACAUCAGAAGCCGCCAUCCUCCCCUACGUGCCCUACCCAACCUGUCCUGCCACGGGCUCCCCUCCCGCCCCCCACCUGCCUGUCCUGCAGCCAAGUCGGACGUCACAGCUGGGGGCGCUCAUGACAGACCCCGCAACUGGCAUCGAGGUGCCCGUGCUGGCUGUGACUCUGCAUCCUCAAACCAGGCAGUGGCUCACUCUUGGGGGCACAUACUGCAAUCCUCUCACCAAGACUUUGGCCCCUCUAGAGCUGGGGGGCCCCAUGGAAGACACAGUCACAGGAAGCAUCUCGCCAAUCCUGGGAGUCGGGUUGGAUGAAAACACAGGUCAGGUGCUUGCACUGGGGGGGCUACGAGAUGCCUCGGGGAGCCUUAUGCUGCCUGGUGACAGCUUUGAGGAGCCUCUGAGCAGGAAGACAGUCCGGCUGCAGGGAGCUUCUCGGCGAGAGGGCCAGACAGUGCCCCACAUGGGAGGAUCACAGGCCCUGCUGGACGCCAACGUGCUGGUGGCCCAGAGGCGAGUGAUUGCCGUGCUCCAGAGCUACCGGGAGAGGCCGGGGUCAAGGACACAGGGGCUUCUGGAGGCUGCCAUCAAGGACAUGAGACAGGCACUGGGCUUGAGUCUGCACCAUGCCCUGCAGCAGGCUCGGAGACUGGAGCGGCAGCUGGGGACGGCAGAGGCCAUCGUGGCCAGUGGUGGGAAGAUAGGAAUGAUGUGCUAUCCUGGGACGGAGCUGUGGGUUCCAGUCUUGUACGGGAUGGAGAUCCCAGACCCUGAGGGCUCAGGGCUCAUGGUGCCCAUCCUGGGCAUGGAGACGGAUGGGAAUUCAGGUGACGCCACAGCCCUGGCAGGUUCAAUGGAAGAUGCUGAUGGCAAAGGUCUUGUCCCAAUCUCGAUUGGGGCUCAAGCCAUAGACCCCUUGACCGGGGAACCUGGUCCUGUCAUUGGUGCUCAGACAGACCCCUCUGCCGGAGUGGUGGUGCCCAUCGUCCAAGUGCUGGAGGCCCUGCCUCGGGGAGUGAGAGACCCUGGUCUGCUGAGGGCCGCUGAGGAGGCCCGGGCCGCGCUGGAGUCCUGCCACCUGCAGGAGACCGAGAGGAGAGCCAGAGCCCUGAGCGCACACAGCAGCCCAGAGCGGGGCCUGCUCUCUCAAGCAGACAGAGAGGAGUGGGAGCAGGAGGUGCAGAUGAUGCUAGGCAUGCAGGAAGUCCUGCAGAGUUUAGGACAGACAGCAGAAAAGCUCAGGCAGGCAGUGGGCCGGCUGCGGGGCCAGGAGCAGGAGAUGUGGCUGCAGCAGCCUAGGAGUCCGAGCCCCCAGAUCUGGAACCGUCGCAGGAAGGUGGUUGAGCAUCUCUCUGAUGAGUUUCAGGAGGUGGUAAAGGAGAGACUGAACUUUCUGGAUAGGGCCCUCGGUCACCUGCAGUACCAGCGGGAGCUGAGCCGCCUCCACCUCUUGCACACCCAGAUUGUUGCCUCAGGCUCCCCUGCAUGUUUGGAGAAUUACCCUGGAGAAAGAUUCUAUGGAAUGAUCCCCACUUCUCUCAGGGCCCGGGCUGCUGCCUGCCCUCUCUUGAUCCCCUUCCUGAAGAGCCUCACUGCAGCGCUAGUGGGAGCUCAAGGCCAUGGCCCAGGCCGGGAGGACCAGGGGCCAGGAACAGAUGCAGAUAAAGCUGACAUCAUGUGCACCUCACCACUCCUUUCUACCCUGAAGAAAGUAGGCGUCUGGUCCCAAGCCCGCAAGGAAGAAGCUGAACUACAAAGACAGGUGCAUCAGCCACUAGCCCCCAAAAGCUCUUUGCAGGAUGUCCCAAAACCUCAGUUAAUGCAGAAGGAAGAGCUUAUCACUGUGCAACCCACAGACCUUUCUGCCAGGGAGUUUGUGGUUUACCAGUAUGGCCUCUCCGUCCUGAACCUCCUCAUCCCCGAGAUGCAUGCUCCUGAAAUCACCCUGCAGAUUGCUUCUCAUCUUCCUGCAAUGGAUGCCUCAGACAAUGCCUUCCAAGGCUCCUUCUUCUAUCAGAGCACUGAAAACGCACUGUUUGUUGGGAGAGAUUCUUUGGCGUCUGCGGGAAGUUUCAUUCUGCUGCUGAUCCACUGCCUGGCCCACAUCGCCGCCGAGGACUUCCGCCAGGAUGCAAACCCUGCCUUUCUGAGGUCAUUUUACAAGGGCCUUCGGGCUUAUUUCGGGGAAGCAUUCUUGACCACACUGCGGAUGUCUGUGAUCUCCUGGGACAGUAAGCUUGACCAGAGCAUAAGCGCAGCUCUGCGGGACGAGCAGCCCAUCUCUGAAAGAGAAAGAGAUCUUCUCUCUUUACUCCUUGAAAGGAAGUGUGAGUCUUGCUUGGAGCCCGAGUCAUCGGAAGAGUAUAUUAAGAGAAACACGGAUCUUCUCCUCUUCACCAAUAUGGAACAUUUUCUAAAAUCCCUCCUCACCGCAGAACAACAGAUCCCAAGAAAAGCAAGAGAUCAGCAUGGGGACGAAGAGAAGAGAUGUGACCUUACAUGUCAAGAUCAAGAUCAGCAGCUAGCACCCCGGAGAAAUAACUGAACACUGACUUCAGCCCUGGGCCCCAGUCCACUUUAUGAAAAGUUACCACCCGUGUCUGGGGUGAAAACUACCUUUAAAACUUUAUUAAAAUACAACACAGCUUUUAAAAGUGCACAUAUCAUAAAUGCACUCCUCACAAAUCGUCCAAAGUGAACAUUUCCAUGUAAACAACAUCAAGAAAGACAACAUCACCAGCCUCCCAGAAGUCCUCCAUGUCCCCUCCAUCUGGUCAUUGGCCCCCCGAGAAUAACCACUAUCCUGACUUCAUACAUCAACUGUUUUUGUUUAUUCAUGAACUUCACAUAAACAGAAUCAUAAAUUAUGAAUUACUUUAUCAUUCCUUUUGUUCAGCAUCAUGUUUGUGAGGUGUAUCCAUAUUGUUGCAUGUUGUUGUAGUUUGCUGAUUGUCUUUGCUAUAAAACAUUCCAUUGUGGGGAUAUAUCAACGUUUAUUCUUUCCACUACUAAUAUUAGUGCCUGUGGGUAUUUUCCAGUUUGGGGUUAUUACAAAUAGUCUUGUGCACUUUUAGUGACUAUAUGUAACUGUACCAAAUAGAUAUUACUUAGAACUGGAAAUUCUGGGUCUCAAGGGGUGAUAGUUCUCUCCUUAGCAGAUACUAUCAACAGGACUUCCAAAGUGAUUGUAUGAAUAUCGACUGCCACCAGAAGGGAGUAAGGGUUCUGGUCACUCUCCAUUUUUAUCAACACUUAGAAUGUUCCAUCUUUUUUAUUUUAUGCAUUCUUCUGGGUACAUGGUUUUAACUUGCACUUUCCUGAUGGCCUCUGAAACUGGGCACCGUCCAUGUGUUUAUACACCAUUUGAGUGUCUUCUCUUGAGAAGUGCCAGUCGAGUAUUUGCCGAUUUUUCAUUGGAUUCCCAAUUUAAUUGAUUUGUAGGAAUUCUUUAUUCUGCAAGUAUUUUUCCUCAUUCUGCAGAUUGUCUUUUUAUGAAAAUAACUACAUAUAAUGUUUCUUUUUCUGCUUCAUUUUUUGAUCUAGAAAGAAAAUGGUGAUCUUAUUUCAGUCUGCAAUUUAAAAGAUGUUAAAUAUGGAACUAUGAUAUCUAAUAAGGUUAAUAAGAGAAUUUUUUAAAUACCUGUAACAUUGAUGUGUCAAUCACAUAAAUGUAUACCUUCACCUUGGGUGGAUAUACAACAUAACAAGAGGUUAAUAUUUGGCACAGAGGAUAACAUGCAUACAA